AUGAAUAAUACCAGCGCAGUUUACCGUCCAGACCAAACACGGUGCUCCUCUAGCGUGUCCGAAACAGUAACGGUUAUUCUUUCAACUGUGAGCUUGCUGGCGUUAAUGGGGAAUUCUCUUGUCAUCCUAACAUUUAUCAAGUCUGUUAACCUUAAAACCAGCUCUAACUACUACAUCGUUAAUAUGGCGACUUCUGAUCUGGUUUGUGUUCUCCUUAACUGGCCGCUCUAUGCUACUGAGGGGAUGUUAAAACCUGGCGGAAGUCUAAUUACAAACUCAGCUUUCGCUACAAUUUGCUGCAAAAUGGGAAUUUAUUCACGAUCAGUGUCGUAUGUGGUUUCCAUUCUAAGCUUAAUGCUCGUCGCUGUG